AUGCUCGAAGCACUGAGAGAGACAUCACGAGAGAUAGAUCAACCGAUCAUGAUUGUAACAGAUGGGUUGGACGAAUGCAAUAUGAAUGGGCGGAAAGACUUCAUAGAGGCUUGUGAUGGCUGCUUCCAAUUCUCCAUCAAAGAUGAAAAUGUCGAGGAUGAUAUCCGAAAUUUUCUUGACAGGGCCCUCAGAGGGAAUGAGCCAGUCGACAACAUGUUGAGCGAUCGAGCGUUUAGAUUGGAAGUCAUCGAGACUCUGACCUCUCGUGCUCAUGGCAUAGUCAGCACCUAUAACGGCUCUAGCAAUGAGUCACGCAAUUGGUAUGUCCCACGUCCUGGACUUCACAGAUGUCUUUCGAAGCUCAGCGAGGAUGAAAUACCGAACCCGGCAUCAAUCAUCGGAUGCUGCAUGGCUCUAGUUGCGAUCGAUCCAGUCAUCAGAGCUGUGACGCUGGCUCAUUUUGAUAUAGCACAAUACAUGCAAACACAUUGGGAGGUUCUGUUCUCAUGGAAAGAGAAACUGAUGCUGGCAAACAUCACCCUGGCUUAUCUUUCUCUGGAAGCUUUCUCUGUUGUCGUCAAGCGGAUGCAUUUACCAGACGUCUUGAGGAGUACCCGUUUCUAG